AUGACUUUCGUGCCCGCACCUGGCUAUCAUCCCACCUACAAUCCGACGCUGCCCUUCUGCAAACCCGUCCCAUGUGGCCUCAAAGUCGGGAUGUCCGUCUACUUCCAGGGACUGGCCGACAAGAAUAUGCAGAGGUUUGUGGUAAACUUUGCCAUGGGGCCAGAUGCAGUAAGAGAUGACAUCGCCUUCCACUUCAACCCCCGCUUUGCUGGCUGGAACAAGGUCAUCUUCAGCGCAAGGUUGUCAGGCAUGUGGGGUGCGGCAGAGGAGAAAAAGAAGAUACCCUUAAAAAAUGGGGAGCACUUCGAUAUGCUGGUGAUGAUCACACAGGAGCAUUACAAGGUGCUAGUGAACGGAAAUCAUUUCUAUGAGUUUGGGCACCGGACACCCAUCCAGAAAGUCACCCAUCUGUAUGUGGAUGGAGCCAUGACCCUUCAAUCCGUUACCUUCUUUGGCAGCUGUCCCACCUCCUGUGAGGAACAGGCCAUGGAGGGACCCCCAAUCUUCUACCCACCUAUGCCAUAUAUGCGGAGACUUCAGGGGGGACUGAAGACCAACAGAACCAUCAUAGUCGUGGGCUUCAUCCCUCUCUCAGCCCACAGAUUUUUUAUCAACUUCAUUGUGGGAACCACAGAGGACAUAGCCCUGCACAUCAACCCGCGCAUGGACGGGAAGGCUGUUGUGCGGAACAGUUUCCUAAAGGGGGCCUGGGGGCCCGAGGAGAGGAGCAUCUCCUACAAUCCCUUUGCUCCAGGACAGUACUUUGAUCUGUCCAUCCAUGCCAGCACCGAUAACCUCAAGGUAUUUGCCAAUGGCCAGCACAUCUUUGACUACAAACAUCGUGUGUCGGCUGCCUUGGCGGAUAUACUGGAGAUCUCCAGUGAUGUCAUCCUCUCCUAUGUCCAGGUCUGA